GGGAUCAGCCUGCACAAGAGUACGUAAAGUACUCAAAUAUUUUCAUCACUAAAGUACAACAUGCUUAUCUCGAUAAGGAUGUUUCUAAAUGCUACUCUAAAUAAAAUCAUUUUAUAAAGAAAUACUAUCAUUAUCUACAAAACAGUUUUGCAUACAUCCAAAAUAAUCAUUUCAUUAGCUGUACAACUAUGCCGAAUACAGAUGAUAACAAACUGAAGCUUCGGCGAUUAAAUACCGAUGUUCAUAGUCCUUGUUAUCUCCUUCAUAUUCGUGAUGUCAACCUAUUACUAGAUUGUUGUAUGGAUUUUUCGCACUUUUCAUACUUCUUGCCAAAACAUCAACUGAUGAGUCCUGGUUGUUCCGAUCUACCAGAUAUGUGGGGCAGCAGUAAUGAUAAAGAAGACGGGAUGUUCACUAAAAUAGGCGAUAUGAAUUAUAUCAGUACAGAUUUUAAAUUCUGCAUGUUAAAAUCAUCAGAGAUGUCUUCUAUAUUUUGGGAAACUAUUGAUGCAAUCCUAGUAUCAAAUACACGAAGUAUACUUGGUUUACCAUUUCUAUUUGAAAAUACAAAUUUUCGCGGUAAAGUAUUUGCAACUGAACCAGUUGUUAAAUUUGGAAAAAUUUUAAUCGAUGAUUUAUUAAGUGAACUUGAUCAAUUGUUUGAAUCUAAAGUGAAUUCUGAUCAAUCUAAAGUUAAAGUGAAUAAAUCUAGUGAUCCGAUUGAUCAUUUACUUAAUUCUGCUGAAUCUAAUUGGACAAAAUUCUAUUCACGUGAAUCAGUUUUGAAAGCAUUGGAUAAAAUUCAUUUAGUCGCUUAUCAUGAACCUGUGUAUAUUUUCAAAGUUCGUACUGAUAUUUUAAUUGGUGAAUUAAGAAAACAAGCUAUUGAAACAUAUAAUUUGAAAGAAUUAGAUUUUAUUAAUUAUGGUUUAUAUUUGCCACCGGAUAAUAGUGGAAAGAAAGGCAAAUUUCUCCAAGAUGAACGUAUCAUCUCCGAAUAUCCACAAUUAGUUGCAAUUAAAUUGGAAAAUCCACUUGCUCCUCCUCAUCAACAUCAUCAGAAUGAAGAGUUAUUUAUGGGGAAUGAGAAAAAUCAUGAUCAUCAUCAGUCAAAUGGAUUAUUGAAUAACAAUAAUAAUAAUAAUAAUAAUAAUGAGAGAAAGUCAAAAGAACCAGUGGUUUUAGAGCUUUUACCAAAAAUUCGUUUUGUUGAAGAAUAUCGUCAGGAUGGUAUAAAAACUAUCACGAAACGAAUUCAUUCAAAACAUCAUCAAAAACGUUUAUUAUCUGCUAUAAAACGUGAAGAUAUUGGACGUGUGACUGAUUUAUUGGCACAAGGUUUAGAUCCUAAUUUUCAAUAUCCAUCCAAUGGAGUUAUACCAUUAAGUUGUGCAGCGGAAUUACCUGAACCACGUGAAAUGAUUUUACAACUUGUCGAUUCUGGUGCACAUUUAGAUUAUCGUGAUUCGGAUACAAUGACUGCAUUACAUAGAGCUGCAAUUUGUGGAAAUUUAAAAGCGAUCGAGGUAUUUUUAGAAUUAGGACAAAAUCCAAAUGUACGUGAUAAACAUGAUUUAACUCCAUUGUAUUAUGCUUGCUCGGAAGAUAUACAACCAGAAUGUAUACAACGUCUACUAUUUGAUCAUGCCAUACUUGGUGUAACAGAUGAUAAAGGUAGACAAGAAAUACAUCAAGCUUGUUUAAAUGGUCGCUAUAGAACAUUGAAACAAUUAAUUAUUUAUGGCGCUGAUUUAAAUGCACAAGUAGAAAAUCAUAAUACACCAUUACAUUUAUGUGUGUUGGCUGAUGAAAUGGAAUGUUUAAAUUUAUUACUACAAUGUGGUGCAUCACCAACUAUUAUGAAUUCAUCUGGUCAAACACCAUAUGAAUUAGCUAUUCUCAUAGAACGUAUGAAUUUAGCGCAUAUUUUACAGAAUUUCGAUGAAAAAUCAAUUAGAGGAAUUAAUAAAAAACCUGUAUACAACAAAGAUAGACGUCCAACAAUCCAUGGACCGAGAGCAGUUUAUGAAAGUGUUCACUUUCGUCAAAAUAGCAACAACAAUAACAGCAGCAAUGGUAAUAAUAGUAGUAGUAGUACAAGUAGUAGUACACUCUCCACACGUAAACUCAUUAAAUCAAUAUCAGUGGAUAGAGACUUGCCCGCACCACCACCGCCACCAUUACAUCAACGAUGUUUAUCAGUUGAUAUGAAUGAUUUCCGUAAGUCAACAUUGAAACAAAAAAUGAAUCAGUUCACAUUCGAUGGUAUCAUGGAAUCCGAUACACCGGAUAUUAUUAGACGUCAUCCUGUGAGUAAUAAAGAAGCUACUACUACUAAUGGUCAAAUUAGUAAUAAUAAUAAUAAUCAUACUACUGAUAAUAAUAAUAGUAGUAACAAUAAUAAUAACAAUAAUAAUGGGAAUAGACCUUCAAUGUAUGUUCGACGACAAAUGACAUACAAUCAUAAUAAUGAUUUUGGUGGAAGGAUAAGUUAUAAUCGUAGUAAUUCACAAGAAAGUGUGAAAUUUUCAAGACGAUUAAAUUUCUUAAGACAACGUUAUCCAAAUUAUCGUUUACGUUCAAUCACAUUGGAACGUGGCAUAACCGGUUAUGGUUUUAUUAUGCAAGGAUCUGAUAAUUUCCAAGAACGAUCAUUGAUUGCGGCAAAUUUACCAAGUCAACGUAUUCUAAGUGUUCAACCAAAUAGUAAAGCAGAAAAAUCUGGACUUGUUCCAGGUGAUUAUAUCUUGGAAAUCAAUGGGAUUGAUGUGUACGAUGCAACACAUACAGAAGUAGUGGAUUUAAUUACAACAUCACGUGAUGCGCUGCAAUUGAAAAUUAUCAAUUUUCAACAAUUACCCGAAAUGCAAUCUAAAAUUAUUUACGGUAACAACAAUCGCAGCAACACUACAAACACAGAUAUCAACUCCACCAAUACAAUACGUCGUACAACUGGUUUUAUACGUGCUGAUCUUCGACGACGUAAUACACAACGUUCUACAAGUGUUGAUUUUGCCUGGAAUAAUCGACAGAAUGGUGGUACUGAUAAUCAUAAUCAUAAUAAUAAUAACAAUAGUAACAAUGGUAGUAUUAGUAGUGGUCACAGUAGUAUCAUUAAUAUACACCAAAAAUCCAUGUUAUCCGAUUUGAAAUUAACACAAAAACUACAAUCACGUCCUUACAAUACUGUAAAUGAUCGUAAUAGUUAUCGUCCAUUAAUUCAAUCAUUUGAAAUUGACGAUAAUAAUACAAAAGAUUAUUUAGAAAGAAAAUCUCAAUCAUCAACUGUUUUAAUUAUUAAAAAUGAAUUGGAACAUAAAGACAAUAAUGUCAUAGAGCAGUAUACACCACUACCAGUACAAACAAUUUCAACUAAUCUUACUGAUACUACUCAUUUUAAUGAUAGUAGUAUAAAAAAUUAUAGUCAAAAUAAAAAUCAAUUUGAACGAAGUAUUUCUGAAUCAUCUGAUUUAAUCGUAGUUAAAACAAACGGAUUGAAAAAUUCAACAAAAAAACCAUUAUCAUCUUCUACAAUCCGUUCAUCAAGAUCAUCAUCAUCGUUACUGUCUUUGUCAGAAAAACAAUAUCUUCCUAUGAUGCAUUCAUCAUCCCCAUCAGCAUCUGUGUCAACAUCAACAUCAUCAAAGCAUCAAUAUGCUCAUCAUGAAAAGAUUAGUACAUUGAAAUUAUUUGAUUCAUCUGGACAGAAAUUGAUGAAUCAUUCUGUUAUUUCUAAUCAUUAUCAUUAUAAUAAUAAUGAUUUAUCAAUGAAUCCACGUUGGAAUUAUUCAUGGGAUUCAGAAACGGAUCUGUUGAAUAUGUCAGAGAUUACUGAAAUCUCAGUGAAUUCUGUUAGUGAUAAUGAAGAAAUGAUUGUGAAUGAAAAAUUACAAUUGAAUCGAAAGAAUUCAUUGAAGCCAGUAUUAUCAGAGUUGAAAAAUAAUAAUAAUAAUCAUGUGUCGGCCAAUGAUAUAAAAUCUGAAAAUAUGAAUGGGAAAAUAAGAUUGAUACAUUCAGUACCGUGUUUUCAACAGAUUCAACCGGAAACGAAUGGUGAUAUGAAUGGCAAUGAUCAAAAUAAUACUACUGAUAUUCUUUUUUGUAAUGAUAAUAAAGUGUCUAAAAAUGAACAGAAAGUUUCCAAUAAUAAUAAUGAUAAUAAUAAUUUGAAUAUAAAUGGUCAUGAAAUUGAUGGUAAGUUAUGA